AUGAGUUUGCCGGUGCAUGUCGUUUUUCUUAUAUGUUUCACUAUAGGAUGCGUUGCAGCGAUAGAUAGAACAGGGUUUUAUGGGUGGAGUAUGGCUGGAAUCAAAAAGACUAUAUCUCAUAGUGGAGUUAUUGGAAUAAUUCUUUGGUCAAUAGGUUUAAUGACGAGCGCUGCAUGCAUCCGAUUCGAUGAGGCUAUUGCUCCAACUGUGGAAGCUCCUGUAUUGACACAAGAAUUGCUCGUCUACUGGCGUAUUUGCAGCGUCAUUCGAGCUGUGUGCGCCAGUGCAGCUUGGUUAUUACUGGCGCUAAGGCCAGAUUGUAAUGUGCUUGGAGAUACAAUUAAAAAGACAGCCGUUGCCGAAAUGCUGCAACGCAACAAUGACCUUCUAGAAGAAGUUCCAAAUGAGUACAAAGGGCAAUUGGCAAGGAUGCUUGGCCUUCAACAAUAG